GCGCGACGGGAGCGCGCCGGGACACGGAGCGGCCCGCCGGGACCGAGAGGAGCCGAGGGGAGCCGAACGAGGCCGAGCGGGACCCGAGCCCAGCAGGAUCCACCGGGACACCACCGGGACCGAGCGGAACUCACCUGGACCCACCGGGAUCCACCGGGACCGAGCGGAACUCACCUGCACCCACCGGGAUCCACCGGGGCCGAGUGGCGCCACCAUGUGCGACAGGGCGGGUGACGGUGGUGGCUGCGGGGCGGACACGGAACCGCCGCGGCGCCGCCGCGCACCGGGAGACAGCCACCCCCGGACGUGCAUGAAGUGCGGGCAGGGCACGGCCGCGCUCGUCAUCCGCGUCGGGGACCCCUUCUGCCGCGGCUGCUUCCGCGAGUACUUCGUGCACAAAUUCCGCGCCAUGCUGGGCAAGAACCGCGUCAUCUUCCCGGGAGAGAAGGUGCUGCUGGCAGUGUCAGGGGGCCCGGCCUCCUGUGCCAUGGUCCGGCAGGUGCAGGAGGGGCUCAGCCGGGAGGCGGCCAAGAGGCUCCGCUUCGUCCCUGGCCUCGUCUACAUCGAGGAGGGAGCUGUGCGCAGGCAGAGCCCGGAGCAGCGCGAGCAGACCCUGGCCCAGAUGGAGACCCUGCUGCAGGCCACUGGCUUCCCCUACCACCUGAUCCACCUGGAGGAGGCGCUGGAGCUGCCCCCAUCCAUCUUACAGCCGGGGCCGGCGCGCACCAGCGCGUCCAGCCCAUCCGGCCCUUCCUACAAGGAGGCCGUGGACAGCUUCAUCCAGCAGCAGCGGCAGGACGGGGACACUGGCACCUCUCUGCCCGGUCACAGCUCCCAGGACACGCCAGCAGGACCCCCGGCCACCCCCCGCCUGCCGGACGCUGCCCAAACCCAGGAGCUGCUCCGCAGCUUCGAGGCCGCAGGGACGGCGACCGCGCGGGAGGAGCUGCUGGAGAUGCUGCGGACCCACCUGAUCGUGCAGACCGCCCGGGACAGGGGCUACGCCAAGGUGAUGAUGGGCGAGAGCCUCACACGCGUGGCCAUCAAACUCCUCACCAACCUCUCCCUGGGGCGCGGCGCCUUCCUCGCCGUGGACACGGGCUUCACGGACCAGCGCCACGGUGACGUGAUGGUGGUGAGACCCAUGCGGGAUUACACGGCCAAGGAGAUCGCCUUCUACAACUUCUUCUUUGGCGUCCCCACCGUCAUCGUGCCGCCCCUCUUCACCAAGCGCCGGGAGAAGCCCAGCAUCCACCAGCUGGUGGAGCGCUUCCUGCUGGGGCUGCAGGAGGAGUUCCCCUCCACCAUCAGCACCGUGUACCGGACGGGGGAGAAGCUGAGCCCGGAGCCGGCCAAGGCCAGCAGUGAGUCGCAGCGGUGCCUCCUCUGCCUCUGCGGCCUGGACAUUGAUGGGGAGGAGGAGCUGGCUCUGGAGCCCACGCUGAUCUUGGAGGAGCCAGCAGCAGGCGUGGAGAGCAAAGCUGCCUACAUCCCCCUGCUGUGCUACAGCUGCCGCCUCACCUUCAAGGAGCUGGGUCCCCUCGACACGCUGCCGCCCUACGUGCGCGCCGAGGGCCAGCGCAGGAUCCGCAGAGCUGAGAUGGAGCAGAACCAGGAGAACCAGGAGUCCAGUAAGAGCUGAAGGGGUUGGGGACAGCGGGGGACACGCUCCCAUCCCACUGUGGCACUGCUGGGGCAGGUGUCGCUCCUCAGGGAUACCCCAGAGGUUGGUGAGGACUCCUGGCACCCAGGCAGCUGCUUU